CCCCGCCGUCCGCCGCCGUUUGUGCCGGGGGUUGGAAACGUGGGCCCUUUCCUCCCCCACUAACCUGCACCCGUCUGCACCCGCCGCAUGCACCGGUACGUCUCGUCGCUUGUGUGGCACGCCACAUGCACAGCUAGACGCAGCCUGGCAACACAGGCCACACCAGCGGGGAGAGGGAAGGAGGGACGUGGACGUGAGUGCCAGGUCGCUUGUCACUGUACCUCGUCGCCAUCAGGUCGCUGUCAAGUCUCGGCCAAACGUCUCCAUCAACAUGCGCUUCGCCGACGCCGUCGCCAUCGCCAUCGCCAUCAACACCACCCGGCUUUCACGUCGUUCCCCCCACUCCCUCCUCCACUUCCUCCACUCCUCUGGCCGGGGGGUGUGCGGCUUUCAAUGGCAAUAGCAAUAGCAAUGGCACCUGCCCGUCCGUCCAACCCGUCUUGCCGUCCAACUGGACCGGACGUGGGCCGUGGAAGGGUCCCUCUCUACUCCCCCUCUCAGGUCUGGUUUGCUGCUCUUCCAAAUGGCCGUCCAGUCGCGGCCUAGAGUCUCCAGUCUCCGGUCUCCAGUCUCGAGGCUCCA